AGUUGCUAAGAGCCUAUUUUCUUUUACAUCUAAAUUGUUUUUGUGGAUGAAGCACAGUAGCCAAGCCUGUUUUGUGAUAACGUUGAGAACCAUCCAAACUGAAGUUUACAGCGCACUACGCUCUUUGCGUUAUAGACUGCGAUCAUUGGGCCGAUCCUAGUCUGAGUCUUCUCGAUGAAUUCAGGGGCGCAAGAUUCUGGGAUCACCCGGGAUAUGGGACGAUGUUGACAUAUUCAAAAAGCAGCACGAAAGUGCCUGAUCUUAAUACAGGCGUCAUCCAGAGCGAUGCCAACAUCAUUCAAAUAGAACGUGGAGAGGAAAUUGGACGAACAGAUAUGUCCGAUGGCGAAAUUGGGACACACAGUGUAUACAAAACUCUACCGAGACUGGGACAUACUACAUGCCUAUUUUCUGGAACUGCCACCAUCUUCCAAUAG